GGGCGGGCCGUCAGCUGACGGCGGGGAGGGGAGCGGCUGGUGCUGCGCUGAGAUGACCACGGCGCUGACCCAGGGGCUGGAGCGGAUCCCCGACCAGCUGGGCUACCUGGUGAUCUGCGAUGGAGCCGUGCUGGCGUCGGCCGGUGACCUGGAGAAUGCCGAGCACACGGCCGGGGUGAUAUCGGAGCUGGUGGCCACAGCCUGCGGCUUCCGGCUCCAGCGUAGCCCCGACCCCCCGUUCAAACGCCUCUCAGUGGUGUUCGGGGAACACACUUUCCUGGUGACUGUCUCCGGCCAGAAGAUCUUCGUGGUGAAGCGACAGAAGCACUUGCGGGAGCCGGUCGCUGUCUGAGCCGCGGGGACGGGUUCCACGCGCCAGUGUGGCUGGGUGAAAUGGGGGGAGGGCUCCCCUUGAAUUCCUGACCUGGCCCUGGCUUGACCUGUGGGGGUGUCACGGGCUGGUUGGGUACCCCGCCCCCAGCUUUCCCCUGGCAGCACCUGCCCCCCAUGGCUGCCUGAAUGAAGCCUCUGCACCUGCUAGGACUAGCUGGGUGGGGUCCCCCACUUCACCAGGGUCCCCUGCUGGGGCAGGAGGGCUCCAGAAAUGCCCCCUGCAAACACCCCCAGCCGGUGGUGACAGGAGGGGAGGCUGCAGUGGCAUCUGUGGGACUUUCUGGAGAUUUGGGGUGAGGGGAAAUCUGCUCUGGCCAGGGGCCUCCCUGUAACUGUUCAGAGAAUAAAGUGUCUUUCCUA